AUGUCUCUCUUCGUUCUUGCCGAAACGCCUGCAGGCUAUGGCCUGUUCAAGGCCGCAGACAAGAAACUGUUCAAACACGAUGACCUCGCUGCAGAGCUGGGUCGGCCCGAGAAAUUGGUCGAAAUGCUCAAGUUGAAGAAAUUUGUCAAGUUUGACAGUGCUGCCAUGGCUCUCGAGGAAGCCGCCACUCUCAAGGAAGGCAAAGUGCCUGCUCUUUUGGCUACAUUGCUUGAGGAUCUCAAGACGGAGAAGAAGGCUUCCAUCGCCGUCGCUGACAUGAAACUGGGAACGGCGAUCUCAAACCUGCCGCAAUUCAACAUCUCCCCCGUAUCCGGCUCCAACACGAUGGAUGUCUUCCGAGGUAUUCGUGAACACCUCUCAUCACUCAUUCCUGGCCUGGAGCAGGAAAUCGUCGAUCGCAUGUCCCUCGGCCUCUCCCACUCGAUGUCCCGUCACAAGCUCAAGUUUUCUGCCGACAAGGUCGACUCCAUGAUCAUCCAGGCUGUCAAGCUGCUCGACGAUAUGGACAAGGAGUUAAACGUUUACGCUAUGCGAACCAAGGAAUGGUACGGCUGGCACUUCCCCGAGAUGGCCAAGAUUCUCAAUGAUAAUCUUGCCUAUGCUCGAGUCAUAUUGGCAGUCGGUAUGCGAACCAACAUGGCCGACACCGACCUCUCGGAGAUUCUGCCAGAAGAAGUCGAGGUCGCCAUCAAAGCCGCGGCAGAAAUCAGCAUGGGUACCGAGAUCAUGGACGAGGAUUUGGACAACAUUAAGCUCUUGGCUGAGCAGGUCAUCAAGUACUCCGAGUACCGCGCGAAUCUUUCCUCCUACCUAGAGACCCGUAUGCGAGCCAUCGCCCCCAACUUGUCUGCUCUGGUUGGAUAUCUGGUUGGUGCGAGACUCAUUGCUCAUGCUGGAUCCCUCAUCAACCUUGCCAAGUCGCCUGGCUCCACCAUCCAGAUUCUAGGUGCCGAGAAGGCCCUCUUCCGUGCUCUCAAGACCAAGCACGACACUCCCAAGUAUGGCUUGAUCUACCACUCUUCGUUGAUCGGUCAGGCCACCGGCCGCAACAAGGGAAAGAUUGCUCGUAUGUUGUCUGCCAAGACCGCACUUGGUCUGCGCGUCGAUGCGUUGGGCAAUGACGACGAGGAGGAUGAGGAGCAACGAGCCAUUCUAGGACUGAGCGCCCGCAUCAAGCUGGAGAAUUACCUGCGGAAGAUCGAAGGCAAGCCACCACUGCCCAAAGGUGCCAAUGUUGCUCCGUCUGGUGAGAUUCUCGGUGCCGGUGCGUUCGUCGUCAAGGAAACCCGACGAUACAACACCGAUGCCGAUGGCAUCGCCUCUGAAGAGGUCAACGGGAGUGCCACCCCCAACAAGAAGGAAAAGAAACUCAAGGACAAGAAGAAGGCCAAGGUCGAAGUCGUCGAGGAAGGCUCAGACGAGGAGAUGAAGGACGGCGAGGACGGCGACGAUGGCGAGAGCGACGAUGGUGCCGCCACCCCCGCCAACAAUGUCACUAAGCUGUCAAGCGCCGAGUACGAAAGAUUGGCCCAACUCGCUGGCUUAUCAGUCAAGAAGUUCAAGCGAAAGUACGAACGCGGCGACGUGCAGCUCAACGCCGACGGCACCCCCAAGGUCUUUAGCAAAAAGGAGUUGAAGAAGCUCCGCAAGGCUGAAGUGCAGUCUACACCCUCAAAACCCGAGCCCAGCUCAGAGAAAAGGAAGAAGAGAAAGCACGAGGAGGAUGCCGACGAGGCCGAGUCCAAGAAGGAGAAGAAGCAGAAGAAGAAGAAGCGCCACUCCGAUGCCGAGUAG